UUCCUCCCAUCGAGUCUUUAUGAGCAAAACAUGGAGCAAAAUGACAAGCUCGCGCUCGCUCGCUAGCUUGUUGAAAAACUGGCAACGGCUGUAACAGUUUUUGCUAUUGUUUAGUUCACCCGAGCUUGGACACGUAACACACGAGCAACGUGCACCAACUUUCAACUCGCCCUGUCUCUUUCGUCUGCUUCGGCUGGGUUGCGAUUGCGUAAUAAGUGCGCGAAGUUUCAGCGAAAACGGGGUUAGCACGGUCGUCGCGUCUUUGCUUAAACUAUUUGCGUUGAUAAGCUAAAAAAGACCAUCGCAAAACAGCGCACCUGCCGAUCUGUGACGGUGGCCUUCGGUCGAACGUAGACUGUGCUAGCGCAACGCCAGCUUCCUACGGCAAUGCUCCCCUGAACGAGGAAGUCGGCUGUGUGUGAAUCUCAUCCCUUCGGUACUACGUGGGAUCCACAAGUAGUGCUUGAAAAGCGACGACAGCGUGCCACGAUGAAGCGAGUUCGAGCCAAGCUGCGUCUGAUGCCCGAUUCCGCCUCCAGCGGCCGUGGCGACGACAAUGACCUGCGUGUCAGGAUCAGCCGAAGCGUCGCCCAGAAACUGUCGGUGGGCAGUACGCUCGACGACGGUACUCUGGCCCUUGUCGUCCCCGAAAACGUCGCGCUCACGUGUCCGGGCCUCUUCGUCGACUACGCGGUCGUCGGCGAUCGCGAAGUGCCGACUUCCGCGUCCUCUGGGGAUGCCGUCGCGGUCUUCGUGACUCGGGAGUUUUUGAAGCGCAGACGAGGAUGGGGCGACGGUCAAGCGGUGGACGUUCUUUGUGGAGUGCGAUGUCCGCGCCUCACCAAGGUGUCGUUGCUGGCCAGGAGCGCCGACGCGUACGCCAAGCUCAACAGUCCGAGCCUCUGGGAGGCGCUGGGCGGCGGAGACCGGAGCGACGGUAUCCUGUGUCGCAUGGACGACAGCCUGGCCGCCUUCGGAGACGACGCGGUGCUAGUGGUCGACUGCGAGCCGACGCGCCAGGGACUCAUAGUUCCCGAGACGCAGGUUGUGGUAAUACGGCCAUCACUGGAAUACACCCCUGCUGGUGACACUGGUUCGUGUGACGAUGUUGUCAGGCUGGCUGGCACCAUUUUGUACACUAGCCGCAUUCUGCAGUCAACCCACAGAACCAAGCGAGACAGAUCUGUGGCAGCGGGCAUGGCCGCAUCGACUCGGAGGCAAGCCCCGGGGCUCCUGCGCGUCCACAUCCUUCCCCAGUUGCCAGAACGCAACAUACCGGCAACGGCUGACCCGCUUAACUGCGUCUUCCUUGGACACUCGACCAUGGCUGCCCUGGGCUUCGCCGAGGGUUCCUGGGCACAGGCGUGGCUGCAAGAGCCGGGAGGCAGCAGCCGAAGCACUUCGUCGGAGACACAACUCAAACGUCAGGUGGCGAUCUGGAGUGUAGAAAGGCUGCACAUGCUGGAGAGCGAGUGUGCGAGUGGCGUCGCUCCAGAGGACGCCGCAUACCUGAGCCCCCACCUCUGGUUUCACCUGCACAACAGGGAUCUGCCUGCGCUGCUGGUCCGGCCCACAGCCCGGCUCCAUCUGGAGGCCCUGGCUGGUUCCAGCAAAGGCAGUCCGCCAGUGUCGGCGCACGAGUUCAACCUGGCCAUUGUGCGUAGCCCCGCUUACAGCAGCACUAUUGAAUGCACAGCACUGCUGAGGGAUCACUUCUCAAGGCCUCGGUACAUCUGUAACGGGGACAUUGUCACCAUCAACCUCCAUGGUUCACCCUGCUCUGAGGAGUACCUCCCCGAUGGUUCAUCGCAGAGGAAUCACGUUGUGUUCUUCAAAGCCACCCAUCUGGUUGGCCCGGACAACAGCGCUCCUGGCUAUUUCUGUGACACCAACACUAGGCUUUAUCAGGCUGGCAGCAAGGGUUGCUACGUGCCUGCUGCCAUGGCGACCUACCACCGGAAGUGGGCCCCCCACCCUGUCUGGGACGCGCCCCAGCCCCCGCAUCUGGCGCCUGCGGUCGAGCGGCUGCAGUCCAUCCUGUUGCCUUUCCUGCAGUCGGGGCCGUUACGCCAGCGUGUGCCGCCCUGCGUGCUGCUGAGUGGGUCCCACGGCUGCGGCAAGCGCACUGCGCUGGCUGCUCUGACGCGCUCCCUCGGGUUGCACCACUACCAGGUCAACUGCCAGCAACUCCUCGGGGACACGGCGGCAGCGGCAGAGACACGCAUCAGGAAUGCCUUGAUGAAAGCACAGCGAUAUACGCCCUGCCUCCUGCAGCUGUCCAAUGUGGAGGUCUUCAGCCAGGACAGGGACGUUGGCUCCGGCGAUGAUCCUCGAGUGGUCCGCUGCCUGGGUGACACGCUGCGCCUGCUGAACAGCGAGCCGGACGAGCCACCCGUAGCCGUGGUAGCCACAACGGCCGCCGACCCGGACGCCCUUCAUCCGGACCUGGCCCCCCUGCUCCUGCACACCAUUGAAAUCCCGUACCCUGACGAAGAAGGCCGUGCCCAGCUGCUGGAUGCGUUGUUGUGGAGCUUGCCCAAGAACAACUCUGUGGACAUCUCUUAUCUGGCCCAGAGGACAGCCGGCUUCAACCUGGGUGACCUGUGUGCACUGGUGGGCCAGGCCACAGCUCGGGCCUAUGCAAGACUCACACGCAGUUGCAGCAGCGAUCACCAUCAGAGAGAAGCUGACUGGGAAGCAGGCGUAUGUGUGGCGGGCCCCCUGCUCAUGCAGUCUGACCUGGAGUCGGCCCUCGAGUGGCUCCAGGACAGCCAGGCGCAGGCAGUGGGAGCACCCCGCAUCCCCUGUGUCCACUGGGAGGACGUGGGUGGCCUGGAAGACGCCAAGCGCACCCUCACCGACACCCUCCAGCUGCCCCUGCGACACCCGCAGCUCCUCGAUGCUGGGCUCAAGCGGUCUGGCGUGCUCCUCUAUGGCCCACCUGGCACGGGAAAGACACUGCUCGCCAAGGCGGUUGCCACGGAGUGUGCCCUCAGCUUCCUCAGUGUCAAAGGGCCGGAGUUGAUCAACAUGUACGUCGGGCAGAGUGAGGAGAACGUCCGAGCUGUGUUCGCUCGUGCCCGAAGUGCGGCGCCCUGCGUCAUCUUCUUCGACGAGCUGGACUCCCUAGCCCCAAACCGGGGACGCAGCGGAGACUCUGGAGGUGUCAUGGACAGAGUGGUGUCCCAGCUGCUGGCUGAAAUGGAUGGGCUGAACAAGUCGGCAGACUUGUUUGUCAUCGGUGCCACCAACCGGCCCGACCUGCUGGACCCAGCAAUUCUGCGGCCUGGAAGGUUUGAUCAGCUCCUGUAUGUGGGUAUCCCGUCAGACAAAAAGUCACAGCUCAAGAUCCUCAAGGCCUUAACCAGAAAGUUCCGGUUCGCGAAAGACCUGGAUCUGGCUUCUGUUGUCGACAAGUGCCCACCGGGUCUGACCGGGGCCGACUUCUACUCACUCUCAUCGUCUGCAAUGGUGCAUGCCAUGAAGCGCCACAUCGACCAGCUGGAAAGAGGCCUUGUAGCAGCAGACAACCACCACGUUCUAGUUACCCUGGAAGACUUUCAGGCAGCCCUCAAGCAUCUCGUACCUUCUGUCUCGCCAGCCGAGCUGAAGCACUACAAGGACAUACAGCAGAAGCUGGCUAUGCCCAAGGCUGUCACUGUGAUAACAUGAAUUUAGUGUCGAGUGAGGUGCUCUCACAGUUCUGCUGAAUAAAUCUGUGAUAAUUUUUUUUA